AUGAUGCGGAGCACACAGUUUCUCAGUAUUAGUGCCUUCUUUAACUUCCUUCUUUUCUUUCCUCCUCCCUUUCAUUUAUUCGUUCUUUCUUCUUUUUUUUUUCAUUUUUUUUACUUUUCUCAUCCUUUCUUAUUUUUCCUUGUUUCGUUUUUUUGUCAUGAUUUUCUUCUUUUCUUCAUUCUCUUUUUCUUUCUUUCUUUCUUACUUUCUUUCUUUCUUACUUUCUUAUAUUUUCCCAUGAAAAGUAUAAGCUUCAAUUUUUUUCAUUAUUGCUUUCAUUUUCAUUUAUCGUCUGUUCAUUUUCAUUGUCAUUUUUUCUUCGAUUACUUUCUUUACUUUCUUCCUGGUUGUAUUUUUUCCUUCUUUCUUUUUCCUUUUUUAUUUCUUUUCAUACUUUUUAAUACCAACGCUUUUAGCUUCGAUUUGAUAUUUGCGUUAAUGUCUUCCAAUUUUCUUUCUUUCUUUCUUUUGUCUCUUUGCACUCAUUUUUUUUCAAAUUUUUCCUUAAUUCCUUGCUUCGACAUCGAACCCAUUCUUUCUCUACACUUUAAAUUCUGUUUUCUUUCGCAUUCAUUGUUUCAUUCAUUCAUUAUUGGUUCUCACUUUUUCAUUCAUUCUUUCUUUCUAUUUUUCAUUCUUCUUUCUUUUCAUUUAAUCUUUCUCUCUUUCUUUCUUUCAUUCAUUCAUUGUUUCAUUCAUUCAUUGGUUCUCUCUUUCAUUCAUUCAUUCUCUCUUUCUUUCUUUCAUUCAUUCAUUCUUCAUUCAUUGUUUCUUUUUCAUUCAUUCUUUCAUUUUCAUUCAUUGUUUCUCUUUCUUUCAUUCAUUCAUUCAUUCAUUCAUUUUUCUCUAUUCUUUUCUUUUUCAUUUUCUUUCAUUCAUUCAUUCUCUCUUUCUUUCUUUCAUUCAUUCAUUCUCUCUUUCUUUCUUUCAUUCAUUCAUUGUUUCUCUCUUUCAUUCAUUCAUUCAUUCUUUCUAUCUUUCUUUCAUUCAUUCAUUCUCUCUUUCUUUCAUUCAUUCAUUCUCUCUUUCUUUCUUUCAUUCAUUCUAUCUUUCUUUCUUUCUUUCUUUCUUUCUUUGUUUCAUUCAUUGUUUCUCUCUUUCUUUUUCAUUCUUCAUUCUUUUCUUUCUUUUCAUUCAUUCUUUCCUUUCAUUCAUUCAUUCUUUUCUAUCUUUUCAUUCAUUCAUUCUCUCUUUCUUUCUUUCAUUCAUUCAUUCAUUCUUCAUUCUUCUUCUUUUCUUUUCUUUCUUUCUUUCUUUUCAUUUUCUUUGUUUCAUUCAUUGUUUCUCUCUUUCUUUCAUUCACUCAUUCAUUCAUUCGUUCCUUUAUUUCAUAUUCUUCUGUCCAUUCUUUCUUUCUUUUCUUGUAUUUCCUUCUCGAAUACUUACAUUCAUUUUCUUUUUUUUUUCUCUUUUUGUUUACUUAUAUUUAUUUCUCCGGCAUACUUCUAUUUCGAUUUCUUUGUUGCCACUGACAACUUUCUUUCUUUCUUUCUUUCUUGCUUGCUUUCUUUCUUUCUAUCUAUCUUUCUAUCUAUCUUUCUUUCUUUCUUUCUUUCUUUUUGCUUGCUUGCUUUCUUUCUUUCUUUCUGGCUUGCUUGCUUUCUUUCUUUCUUUCUUUCUUUCUUUCUUGCUUGCUUGCUGUCUUUCUUUUUUCUUUCUUUCUCGCUUUCUUUCUUUCUUGCUUGCUUGCUUGCUUGCUUUCUUUCUUUCUUUCUUUCUUUUUUGCUUGCUUUCUUUCUUUCUUUCUCUCUUUCUUUCUUGUUUUCUUUCUUCCUUCCUUCCUUUCUUUCUUUCUUUCUUUCUUGCUUGCUUGCUUUUCUUUCUUUCUUUCUUUCUUUCUUUCUUUCUUUCUCGCUUGUAGGCCUUAUUUCCUUUCUUUUUCUGUCUUUUUUAUUAAUUCUUUACUCUUUUCAUUCUAAUAUUUCUUUUUCUUUAAUGCUUUCCCAUAAUUCUUUCAUACUUUCUUUUUCUUAUUUACAUAAUUUAUUAGAUAGCAUUUCUUUCUAUCUUGCUUACCUUAUAAUUCUUUUUUCUUUUACUUUCAUCUUUCUUACCUGUGGACUUGCUUAUGUUUCAUUCGUUCUUUUAGUUCCUUUCGUCCCCACUUAUAUCAUUAAAGGACAAUGA